AUGUCGCUCAACUGGACGCAGCUAGAUCAUCAGCAUAGCGCACCGCUCCCACUUGACAACACAGAAGAGAUCCUCGCGACCCAGCGCGUCCAAGCCACACUCCUCCCGCGCUUCCCAAAACCUAUCCCGGGCACUGUCUUUGUCACCUCUCAUCGCAUCGUCUUUGUGAGCGCCGUACAACCGGCUAUCCCUCCACCUGCAUCAAAUUCUGUCCAGAGCACAGAGUCAGAAGGACUACGAACGGUGGGUGUGCCGAUUGAGCGAUGGAACGCACAGCUCAUCCAGCCUUGGUUUGGCGCAAAUCGAUAUGAUGGCGAAGUGGCGCCUGUCGCAGGUGGCGGCCUCGAUGGUACGAUUGCAACUAUAACAGCGGGUGAAGCGGACAGAACAAUCACACUCAGUGUUUCAUUUGUGGAGGGCGGUGUUGAAGCAUUUCACAGGGCGUGGGUGGUUGCGCGUGAACGGACGACGCAGAGGUUACGGCGACGACGACAGGAACGUGCCGUUGCACUUGGACAGGCAUCUUCUAUGGAUGACGAAGAGGUGGAUGCAUUACCAUUGUAUGAAGAAGCCAUGCAAUCAUGA